UCGAUGGCGGCCGAGGAAGGCGAGAAGAAGAUGAUCACGCUCAAGAGCUCGGACGGUGAGGAAUUUCAGGUCGAGGAGGCGAUCGCCAUGGAGUCGCAGACCAUCCGCCACAUGAUCGAGGACGACUGCGCCGACAAUGGCAUCCCGCUUCCCAACGUCGACUCCAAGAUCCUCUCCAAGGUCAUUGAGUAUUGCAAGAAGCAUGUCCAGGCCAGCCCCAAACCGGCCAACUCUGGCGCCGCCGUCGACGCCAGCUCCUCCACCUCUACUGCAGUCGCCGCCUCCGCCGAGGACCUCAAGAGCUUUGACGCUGAGUUCAUCAAGGUCGACCAGAACACCCUCUUCGACCUCAUCCUGGCUGCAAACUACCUCAACAUCAAGGGAUUGCUCGACCUUACUUGCCAGACUGUUGCAGAUAUGAUCAAGGGGAAGACUCCGGAGGAGAUCCGUAAGACUUUCAACAUCAAGAAUGACUUCACACCCGAGGAGGAGGCUGAGAUCCGCAGGGAGAACCAGUGGGCUUUUGAGUAGAAAAAGAGUAGCACCUAGCUAGACACUGUUUCGUUGAAUUACUGCUUACUAUUUGUCUUUUUUUUAGACUUCAUAUUAUGCAAGAAGAAACCUAUCGUGGUACUUGUGAAACUGAAUUUUUAUUUGUCAAGUGGAUGUUUUGAUUGGUAACAUCAUCCUUAGCUUCUGAUUUAUGCGUGUGAUUUGAGAUAUUUUUGGCUAUCUUGAAAUAGCCUUAUUGUUUUUGAUUUUAUAUCUACAUAUUUGCUAAAGAUAUGUCGACAUGAUUUUCAUUUGGCUUCAAGUCAAAUUUAAUGACCGUUGGAUCGUUAACACGCAGCAGCAUCAUUUGUUCGUCGUGCGGUGCCGGCACGCGUUUUAGUUGACACUAUGCCCAGGAGCUGGAGUGAAGUUUUUGUGCGCUUUCUUUGUCUUUAGGGGUUGUUUGGAUAUGAAUGAUUAUAUUUGAGAUUUUAGAAAACCAGUUUGUGGAGGAUUUUUAGGAAAACCAGUCUUGGAUAGUUUUAUGUCACAACAAGUAUAUACUAUUCCUUGUUUGGUUCGGAAAAGACAAGGAAACGCAAUUAUACAGUCCAUUCAAUGGCAAUUUUUUUUUUCAUGGCAACGAGAGAGUGGUUGAAGGUGAUUUGGAGGAGUGAUUGGUGGUGGACAUGUUGGUUUAGUUCGAUUUUCUAGAUACAUGCUUGUUUCCCAUCAGUAGCCCUUCACAUUCGAUCCCCUCGAUGGAUAAUCAUAGGGAAAAAAGGAGUAAAUUUAAGUAUUGAUAAAAAAGGAACAAUUAGUGCUUAGUUGGCUAAGAAUUCAUUGAUUUACAAUUAUGUCCAUACACAUUAAGAAAAGGUCAUCAUGCUAUCAUUUAAGUGUUUGUUUACUGACGACGGAACUAAACAGAACACACUGUCUUCGCGUGAACAAAAGAAAAAAAGGGCUCACCAUGUUCUAUCUAUAUAUUCCUCGAACACAAGAAAACAAAAGAUGUAAGGGCAUCUUCAAAGUGGACCCUUAAAUCUUUACUAUAUGUCUGGACAACAGUGUCCAAACCACUUUUGCCAUCCAAUGAGGAUCUGUAUAUGUCUGCUUUGCUAUUCGGAGGUACAGAUUUCGGUAUCCUUGAGACAAACCUGGGGACUUUGCCGUAGCAAUCACGGGCAUGGUCCUCUAUUCUCUCUCCUCCUAACCACACGUGAUGGUCACUCUCUUCUCUUUUUUCUCCUAAUCGGACACCAAAAUACAAAUAUCUCAUCAUAUGCACGGUCCCGGCCUACUUAUUCUCCUUCUAAACGGAUACUUUGUGAUUAGCAUUGAAUGGUUCCCUUCCACAUCAUGUAUGUAGACCACGUCCAGACAUAAAAACGGACAUAUACCAAAGACAUUUGCGGAUCAGCUUUGGAGAUGCCCUAACCCAACAAGAAAAAAGGUUCGACGGACAUAUAAUAGGUACAUCUUCUUGCAAAAAAAAGAGACUGGUACAUUGAGCAGAAAAAAGAAA